CACAGCCCAGAUGACCUGAGGGCCAGAAUCCUCUCUUCAAUCACACAUGAACUGACUGGAUCCGGGUCAAACGCUACUAAACCAUCACACACUCAAUGAGAGGAAGAUAUUACAAACAGCCUGCACAACACUCACAUAUAGACCAGAUUCUGGUUUACUCUCAAUAAAACUGUCAAGAGCAUUUUAUCAAUAAAUUACAGAUACAGUUUUAUUUGGUUUGCAGGAGAAUGUCAAGUAAUUUACAUGAAUCAACUCCAUCCCACGUGUUCCUUCUAAAACAAGAAUUAUUUUUUUUUGCAUGAAAAUUUUUCUCUUUUUUUUUUUCUCUUAUGAGUUUCAGUCUCUUGUUUUAGAUGUAACGUCAUCUGCCUUCCCCCAUCAGAGGAAACUUGCUCUUCCUCUCAGUGAAGUGGUCAGAGAUUUCCUCAUGUGUCAGUCUAGUCUGAGUCUCGCUGUGAAGACGCUUCUUGAGAUCCAGAACAGAGACAGACAGGAGUCCAGAUGCUCGUGUCAUGAUCUGAAGCUGGGACUGGGCUCUUCUGGAUACUGGACUUUAGAGAAAUGAUGCUGAUCUUUGGACUGAUGCUGCUGCUGCAGACUGCUGCAUGUCUGGAUCAGUUCUGCAGGUUUAAUCAGUCUGAUAUCUGUUACGCAGCUGUGGGACACAAACUCAAUCUGCUGAUGGUGCAGAACACUAGUGUAUAUGACACGACGAUACGAAAGAAUAUAAACUACAACAGAACAACUGAUCCAGUUUGUAGAAUAAAGAAUGACACGAUGAGAGUUUGUGAUCUUUAUAGAAACAGACCUGAAGUUACAGUCAUUAAAGGGACUCUGAUCAUAAACCGUGUGAUCAAAGCAGAUUCAGGGAAUUACACAGUAUUUUUCUCUCUCUCAGACGGCUCAGAAACAUCUACAGAUCUUCAAGUGAAUGUUGAAGCUCCUAUUGGCUCAGUGGAAGUGUCCAUCAGCUGCUUCUCCAGUGGGGCGAUGAGGGUGUCCUGCUCCUCUGAGGGCGAUCAGCUCCUCUACAACUGGACUCUGAAUGGAGAUCCUCUGAUGGAUGGAAACUCCAGCUUUGAUCUGAAUGAGGGAACUGAUGGAAACAUCACCUGCAGUGUGAAGAACCACGUCAGUCACGGGCAGAAGAACAUUAGACUCAAACCCUGUCCUGUCUUAAAUAUCUCUCUGAUUGCUUUGGGCUGUGUUGCGCUGAUCCUGAUUCUGCUGUUCAUCACCUUAUAUCUCAUCUACAAGAAAAAACAGGUCAAGUCGACACCAGGCACUGCUGGCAGUGUGGAUGUCAUAUACGCUGAUAUCUCUCAUGAGAGCAAGAGUGAAAGAGUCAAAACAGAAUCCCUCCCGACUGCUGAUGUGGAAUACAUUGAGAUCCAAACGCAGAAGAAAAGGAAGGAGGAAGAGGUUCAGUACGGCGAGGUGAUGUCCACUCUAAACCACUCAAGCGCUCACACACAGCCUCAGGAGGAGUGUAUUUAUUCUCAGGUACACAAAUGAUAGUUUCACAACAACAGCUUUAUAAAAUCACACUUUCCCUGGGAAAUUAGUGCUCACUUUCACUUGGGGAGUUGUACAGUUUUUAUAAACCACAUAUCUCUUUGCAUAUGCACUGUAAAUUGUUUUGUCUGACAUGUUAAUUAAGGCACUGUAUGAUGAUAUGCUGUGUUAUGGCCUGUAGAUUGAGCAUUAGUCACCCAAAAAUUGAAAUCACCUCAUGAUUUACUCAUCCUCAAGCCAUCCUAGGUGUAUAUGACUUAUUUCAGACAAAUACAAUUGUAGUUAAAAAUGUCCUGGCUCUUCCAAGCUUUAUAAAGGCAGUGAAUGGUGAAAAGUGCUUCCAUCUAUCAUGAAAAGUACUGCACAUGGCUCUGGGGUUAAUAAGGUCUUCUGAAGCAAAUCAAUGUGUUUGUGCAAAAAAAAAUAUAUAAAAUAAUUAUCUAUAUUUAAAAAUCUAUAAACGGUAAUCUCUAGCUUCUGAUAACUAUCGUAAACAUGUUCACAAAAGAGUGGCAUUUCAGUGGAGGACGUUGGAUGUAGGCAUAAUGUAAGCAUUUGUGAGAAGUGACAGACACAGAAGUGCAGAAGAGAAAGCAAAAAGUACAAAACAGACAAUUUCAAUGUGAGUCAAAAGGCAAAUGUUUCUCUUUUCCUUUGCUGUGA